GACGGAGGCCCGGCGUUUUCUGCACCGCCAGCUGAGUAAAUCCAGAAAACAAGAAGUAUUUGGCCACACAGUCUUGGCCAGGAAAUCAGGGGCAUCAGAACAGGUGGAUAAAGAAGAUGCUAAUGUUUGACCCAGUCCCUAUCAAGCAAGAAGCCAUGGAUCCUGUUUCAGUGUCAUACCCGUCCAAUUACAUGGACCAGAUGAAGCCAAACAAGUACGGCGUCAUCUAUUCUACACCGAGCAUGUUGCACAACAAAUUCUACUCAAACCCCGAGGGACUAUCAAAUGGAAUCCAGAUGGAGCCAGUUGACCUUACAGUGAACAAACGCAGCUCACCAUCUUCAACUGGAAGUUCUCCUUCACCCCUAAAAUUCCAGACUGUGCAUAGGAGAACUUCACCUGGACUGACUCUGUCGUCACCCAGCUCACCUCUCAGUAAAUUCACACCUUCCCCUCCAGGAGUACAGCCUAUUUCUAUGCCAAUAACAAUCCCACCUGUAAUGGCUGCUGCUCUUUCACGCCAUGGACUGAGAAGCCCUGGAAUACUCCCAGUUAUACAGCCUGUUGUGGUCCAGCCAGUUCCUUUUAUGUAUGCUCCCCAUCUUCAACAGCCCAUCAUGGUGUCCACAGUCCUUGCAGAUGAGAUGGAAACUCCAAGUAGUGUGCCAGUGCCUGUCAUUGAGUCUUAUGAGAAGCCUACACUGAAGAAAACAAUCAAAGUAGAGCCAGGAAGUGAACCAUCAAAGACUGACUUCUAUCCUGAACAACUGUCACCUCCAAUGAUGACCUCGUUGUCUCCCCAGCAAGUAAUGGUGCAAGAGAAUCACCCCUCAGUUAUAGUUCAGCCAGGAAAGAGACCUUUACCUGUGGAAUCUCCAGACACACAAAGAAAACGCAGGAUACAUAGAUGUGAUUAUGAAGGCUGCAACAAAGUCUACACUAAAAGCUCCCAUCUGAAAGCUCACAGAAGAACCCAUACAGGUGAGAAACCCUACAAAUGCACUUGGGAGGGCUGCACGUGGAAGUUUGCUCGUUCCGAUGAACUGACGCGGCAUUUCCGCAAGCACACAGGGAUCAAACCCUUCCAGUGCCCAGACUGUGACCGCAGCUUUUCACGUUCCGACCACCUUGCUCUGCACAGAAAGCGCCACAUGCUCGUCUGAACGUCCUUCUCUCCCUGCCUCCUGUCACACUUUGUUUGG